ACAGCCUCAAUGACCUAGCUCAAAGAAUCCAUCGCCGGCUUGGAAUGUGUGAAGGUAAAAUUAUAAUUUCUUUUUAGAGCCUGGUUGGUUAUUUCUGUGCUAUAUUAUAAGCCCUAUGGAUUUAUGUGUAUACUGUAUACCGCAUGGAGAUAUAAACACAUACUAACGUUUAAUACUAUUUUUAAUUCUCCCUUUAGGGGCGGUUACUUUGAUCGAAGACACCAGUAAACGCUAUGGCCUCUGCAGCAGCAUCUACGCCACGUGCGAUGGCUGUGAUAUGAGAGAAUUUCUCAGCACUGGAAAGCACGAUUUGUGCGAUCAAGUGCCGAGGACAGUACAAGCCAAGGAUGUCAAUCGAAGAGCUGUUUUUGCUGCAAGUGAAGUUGGCCUUGGCAGGGAGGGUAUCAAAGCUAUCUGUGAGAUAUUUGACAUGCCUCCCCCUGUCAAUGUCACAGCCUGGGCUACCCAUGAACAUGAGCUUUUGAAGCAGCAGCGGGUGGCUGUUCAGGAAAUGCUUGAAGAUAAUCGAAAAGAACUGCAGCAAUCUGACAUAGAAAACACUAAAACCCCUACUGCUGUCAGUUUUGAUGGCACAUGGGCCAAGAGGGGUUUCACUUCAAACCAUGGAGUCGGGUUUGCUAUAUCCGCAGAUACAGGCAAAGUCAUUGACUAUUCAAUUGUAUCAAAAUCGUGCAAUGCUUGCAAGCUUAAAUUGAGAAAUCUCUCUGAAGCAGAAUAUGAGGAGUGGAGGGCAACUCAUGAUUGCCCUGGAGAUUAUGAGGGGUCCAGCCCUAGUAUGGAGACUGCUUGCGCUAAGCAGAUAUGGGAGAGAAGCAAGAUCCUCGAUCUAGAGUACAGGUACAUGGUAUCGGAUGCGGACUCCAAAGCGUUUAAUGAGAUAUGGGACACUUAUGGGGUAUGUGACAGUUGUAAGACUCAUCAUAGUCUUUACAAAUCCUCAAAAGAGUACAAAGAAUGGAGGGAUUCAGAGGAAUACAAGAAAUCUGAGGAUGAGCAUACCGUUGGUAGUACGGGAUGCAGACGUGUAGAGAAGCUGGACUGUAUCAACCAUGUCUCAAAGAGAAUGGGAAAGGCACUACGAACUGUACAAGAAAAAAGAGGAAAGCUGCCAGAUGGGAAGCCUGUUGGAGGUAGAGGUGUCCGCCUAACAACAAAAACAAUUCAGAAGUUGCAAAACUAUUAUGGGAAGGCCAUUCGCAACAAUGUCAAGAAAGGUAUUUUAAGUGCAGAUGAAAAAUCGAAAGCAGUGAAAGCCAUGAAAAGGGAGAUAAAAGCUGGGCUUUACCACAGCUGUAAGCUUCCUAGUAAGGAGAGACACAAGUUUUGCCCUGAGAAUUCAUGGUGCUCCUUCAAAACCACUGGGCGUGAGGUUGCCCCCAAAAGCCACCAUCUUGACCCUGUCUUCUGCGCCCACCUUGAGCCCAUAUAUGACAGGCUGUCGGAGGAGAACCUACUGAGACGCUGCUUGGGUGGGUACACCCAAAACUCAAAUGAGUCAAUAAACUCAUUGGUGUGGAGCAGGUGCCCUAAGCACAAGUGGUUUGGAAGGGGCAGAGUGGAGAUGGCAGUUGUGUCGGCUGCCCUCCAGUUCAGCGCAGGUGCUACUGCAAAGCAUCAGGUGAUGUCUCUGGCUGGCAUUCCACCAGGUAGCUCCCCCAUGAAAGCCAGCAGCAGGAGAGACUCCUUGAGGGUCCAGAAGGCAGAGGCCAGGUCAACGGAACAGUACAAAAGGUUCAGGAGUGCGACCAAAAAAGUAGCAGUGAGAAUUGAGGAGGACAGGAAAGAGGCUGAAGGCCUUACUUAUGGUGCUGGAUCAUUUUAGGGACUUCUUUUCUAUUUUAUUCAGUGGUUCUGUCUAGCCAAAUAGCCAAAUGAAAGCAAAGUACUAGAAAAUAGAGGGAAAUUAUCCCAAAUGUUGUCUAUUGUACUGAAAAACAACUUUAUAGACUUUAAAAGUAAUUUCUGUAAAACUGCAGAUUUAACGAAAGGUCAACUGCCAACAUUUAUAUCUUGAACAGCUUUUAAAAUUUCUUCCUCAAUUUUUCAGCAUUUGCUUAUGAUAUAGUAACCUACAGGAUGAGUGAUUUUGUUUUGAAGAUUUUCAAAUUAACAAUUUUUUGUAAGAAAGUUAAUAAUUAACUCAAUCAGAUCAUUCUCAGAGCAAAUAUAUUAAUGGUUCCAAAAUUCCAUUCCACUCAUCCUGUGGUAAUGCCUAUUGUGCAUGCUUUCAUGUGGUUUAAUUGUAAGAAAGCAAAAUACUGCACCCAAGAGAAAUGUUGGCGUCCAGAUACUUAGUAUUUCAUAGUUCUAGGUAAACGGUUAAUAAUUAGCUGUAUUUUGAAUAAAUUAUCCAUUAACCCAAUCAAUUCCCAUCCAGGUACUAUGGGCAAUAUAGAUAUACUAUUUUCACUUCAGUUGACACAGUAAAUCCAUGCCAUAGAGCUUAUUCAAAA